AUGAAAUUCAUCCACACUCUUUUCAUCGCACUCAUUUUCUCCACUGCUUUGCUUUUGCAAGUUCAAGCUGCAAGCAGUGCCCAAGCUUCCGGUGUCCCAACCCCACCGUCAAACAACGCUCCUAACGGAAGCUCUUGCAAAAAAAGUUCCGAAUGUGAAAGCGGUAAUUGCAUGUACUCAGUAUGCAAGCAAAAACAACACGAUGGUGCUCAUUGCUACAAAGAUGCUAGCUGUUACUCCGGUCUUUGCACAAGUGAUAAGAAAUCCGUCAAUGGUAAAUGUGUUCAUCCUCACUCCGUAUGGAGAGGAGGCAAGUGCAAAAAGGAUGCUCAAUGCGUUCAUGGAACCUUUUGCUCGAUUCUAGAAGGUGACCGAUGCAGAACAACUUUCGGCAGAGGUCAUAGCUGCAGUCGUGAUUCUGUAUGCAGAUCAGGUUUGUGCAGAAAAAGGAAGUGCACUUAA